AUGCCGACUAAUAAGCUUCAAUCUCCACCGAGGAAAUGGAGCCAGCCUGAAGAGUAUGACACUAACAACAGUCCCAGCCAGCCUGAAGAGUAUGACACUAACAACAGUCCCAGUCAGCCUGAAGAGUAUGACACUAACAACAGUCCCAGUCAGCCUGAAGAGUAUGACACUAACAACAGUCCCAGUCAGCCUGAAGAGUAUGACACUAACAACAGUCCCAGUCAGCCUGAAGAGUAUGACACUAACAACAGUCCCAGCCAGACUGAAAAGUAUGACACUAACAACAGUCCCAGCCAGACUGAAGAGUAUGACACUAACAACAGUCCCAGCCAGACUGAAGAGUAUGACACUAACAACAGUCCCAGCCAGCCUGAAGAGUAUGACACUAACAACAGUCCCAGUCAGCCUGAAGAGUAUGACACUAACAACAGUCCCAGCCAGACUGAAGAGUAUGACACUAACAACAGUCCCAGCCAGACUGAAGAGUAUGACACUAACAACAGUCCCAGCCAGCCUGAAGAGUAUGACACUAACAACAGUCCCAGCCAGACUGAAGAGUAUGACACUAACAACAGUCCCAGCCAGCCUGAAGAGUAUGACACUAACAACAGUCCCAGCCAGACUGAAGAGUAUGACACUAACAACAGUGCCAGCCAGACUGAAGAGUAUGACACUAACAACAGUCCCAGCCAGACUGAAGAGUAUGACACUAACAACAGUCCCAGCCAGACUGAAGAGUAUGACACCAACAACAGUCCCAGGCGUUUGAUCUAUUUCCGUGUCACCCUUGUUACUAAAGACGUCCACACGACAUUAAUAACUCAAGAGGAAACGCGCAUCUCGUUUCCUGAUUGGACAGUUAAAAAUAAACCUGGGGUUUACGUUACUGGAAAAUUAGCCAACAGUUUCCCUGCAGUAAAGAGGUUAUUUUUGUUGACAAUUUUUAUCGUGACUUAA